GACUGGAUAAUAAACCCGUGGCCGUGGCUGUUGUUUCUGGUGCAAAUGGGAACUGUGAAAGCGGUGGUUAUAAUCUCCGGCGACGGCGAUCAUAAUGUUAGAGGAUCUCUUCAGUUCGUCCAGGACCUCAAAGGAGGUAUUACUCAUGUAAAAGGGAGGAUUGAAGGACUGACUCCAGGACCUCACGGUUUUCAUAUUCACGCCCUCGGUGACACCACCAACGGCUGCAAUUCCACCGGGCCUCAUUUCAAUCCGCUUAACAAGGAACAUGGAUCCCCUACGGAUUUGGUUAGGCAUGCUGGUGAUCUCGGUAAUAUCGUUGCUGGUCCAGAUGGAGUUGUUGAGGUUUCAAUCUCGGACACACAGAUUCCAUUAAGCGGGCAUCAUUCCAUACUAGGAAGGGCAGUUGUCGUUCAUGCAGAUCCUGAUGAUCUUGGAAGAGGUGGACAUCAACUUAGCAAGACAACCGGAAAUGCUGGCGCUAGAGUUGGAUGUGGUAUCAUUGGGCUUCAAUCAUCAGUCUAGGGUAAGCAACAGGUUUUUGCACAUUCAAGAAAAAAGAGAGUAACAACUUUGCGUAGCCCACAACCAAUCUGGCACGCAACCUGCAAUUCCCUUGUUUGUGAGUGUAACUUUAACGUUAAAUCAACUUUAGUGUGUGUUGGUCUUUUGUUUGAAUACUAUCUAUCUCAACUAUGAAAGAGACAUUCUAUU